AUGGCGAACUCGGCAGAUGGUAUUGAUGUAGAUGCAACUGCUGGUCUUGGGAACACAGCACAACGGAAUCCAUUGACUUGUGGUGUUUGUCAGGAUUAUUACACUGAGCCUUGUCUACUGUCUUGUUUUCAUACUCUUUGUUCGAGAUGUGUUCGUGGACCUCACCUCGAUUCAAAAGUUAUUUGUCCUAUUUGCGGACAAAUAACCCAAUUAAAGGAAGGAACCCAGAUGCCACCGGUUGAUCAGUUGAUACGUCAAUUGAUCGAAAUAGCCAAUAACGAAAAUCCAGCAUGUGCCAAUUGUGACAAACGUCAAGCACUAUGUACACACUGCCGUGAAAAUACUCAUCGCGCAAAAAUGUUUUCAUCACACGAAGUUGUGCACAUGAGUAAAUGCUCAAAAGAUACUCAAAGACGUUGUCCCUCGCAUGGUGAUUUAUUUAUAAUGUACAGCCAAAGUACCAAAUCAAUGUUAUGCGCGACUUGUUUUCGUGAUACACCAGCAGAUGCACGAAUUCAUUGCGUUGACAUUGAUACAGCAUGGCAACAGGCUAAUAAAAAAAUGGAGCGCGCUGCCAAUUCACUUUGCGAAUUGCAAGCUGGCGUACACGAUAGUUUAAUGGCACUGAAAAGCCAAUUGGAAGAAUUGAGACAUAAUUUAGAAUCGGAAAAACGUUCACUUAAUUCUUAUUGCCAGGGCAUGCAAGAGGCUGUUACUAAAACACACACAUCUGUAUCGGCGGAACUGCAACGUCAAUUUGAAACAAAAGAGCGGUUGGUCCGAGGACAAUUACUUAGUCUAGGCUCAGCAAUACCUGUAUUGCAAAUGCAUUUAAUGUUGUGCACAGUUUUUACCAGUGGUGCCACUAAAUACCAAUUUUUAGAGCUUGCUCAUCCCAUGCUUGAGCGACUUGGACGCGUCGCACAGCUUGGACAUCCGUCCAGACCACCUGUAUUGGCUGGUCACUUUAAAAUAAAUUAUAGAAAUGAAUUCGCACGGGCAUUACAACCUUUUUUGGGACAAAUAAACACUGCGCAACAACAACAGCAACAUCAACAAAAAGAUUUGUACGAGCACACUCAUCAGAUUUCUAAUGAGCAGUCACUUCUUCAGACCACGAAAUUAACAUCUCGAAUAUCAAAAUUGGGGUCAGACAACGGGCAAUUCAGCAGCCACUGCCGCACAUUUGAUUCCCAACUAAAAGAAUUGAAUGACCAAUUAAUAGCUGUUAAAAAUCGGAUAAGCGAAUUGCAACGGGAUGUAACUGUGUUGAGGCGCGUCAACACACCACCGAUAAGUGUACGGUAUGAACACGCUGUAAGAGAUUGUCGAUUACUUGAACAGGAAUUGGAGCAUCACCAAAUUGAAUUAGAGCGAUUGAGAAAUAUAUUCGAUGCGCUGUGGGAAGAACAGCUAUGUAAAAUACACAUUGAGAAGGAGAUAUUCCAUUCCCAGAUGAAAGAUAUUCUAACAUUGAAAGCCGAUCUCAAACAAUUGCAAUCAGUAUCCCAACAAAUGGAACCCUUUAUAAAGUCAUUCUCUGCGGGAAUUUCUGCCGAAUCAAAAGAUGCGCCAAGAUGCAGAACUCCCUCGGGCGGAGUAGGAGCACUCUUAGAUUCCGGUGGUAAUAUUAUUGUUUAUGGUACGGCUAAAUCAUCAGAAGCUAAACGCGGGGUACUGAGUCAAUUAAUCGAAAAAGCACGAACCCGCGAAGACCGUAAGAAAUCUCCAGGUAGAGACAAAGAAGAAGGAGGGAGCAGAGAUCGUAGUCAAAGUCGUCGGUCAAGAAAGUCACCUGACAGUGGUCACAAGCCUAAAACACCACCUGGUUCGUCUUCUACCAGCAAAGUACGUUCUCUUUAUCGGUCAUUGAAAGGCGGCUCUGGCGACAAUAAUGCCGAUGGUGUGGAGCAGGAUAAUAAAAACAGUGAAAGUCAAUCUCAAAAAGAUAAUACUGGAGCAACUGAAGAAAGUGAAUAUCAACGAAUAUCAGAAGCAUCAACCCUAGGAGACGUUAAAAAAUCCCGAGUUCAAGCUCAAAUUCAUGCAGCACCAGAAGAACCAACAACAGGAACAGGAAAAGCGAAUGAGCAGCGUCAAAAAAGCGUGAGAGUGUAUCCAGCAAGUGAUUCUGAGGACGUUUUUUACUCGAGUGAAAAAACCGCCGAUGGCAGAAGAAAAAGACGGGCAAGCUGUGACAGUCUGAGCACCACAGGAUCUGGUGGUAGCAGGAGAUCAAGUCUCACUGAUGGUGCGUUAAUUGGUAAAGACCCACGAAAAACACUGCUAGUACUAAUAGGACCAACAGCUAAAUCUACACCAAGUCUUGUUUCGAAACAACGAUCAUGGGAAACGUUCCCACGACCUAAAAGUAAACGAUCUGCCGCUCAUUCAACAAUUAUCGCUGCUGCUGAAGCAAACGCGACUGGUCUUGGCCCUCUGAAGAAGGCUGACAGUUUAGAGGGCCACGAGGAAGCGGUAAGGACUCUUGUUGCUGCAGUCCAAGAAACUAGAAAUCAGAGGCAUUACCAUGCUCAUCAUCAUCGGCAUCAUCGUAAAAGUAAAACUAAUUAA